UGCCUGACAAGGAUAACACAAAAGUAAGACAGUCCGAAGAAACCCUAGAGAAAUAUAAGAGCUUUUUUCUUGCAACAAAAAGGAGUAAAUACCACAAUGGGCCAGGAAUGCUUAAAGGUGCUCAAAUAUAUGAUGUUCGCCUUUAAUUUAAUAUUUUGGGUAGCCGGAUGUUCCGUAAUAGCAAUUGGCAUCUACUUUGUUAUUAACAAUAUAUAUGGAUCACUUCUUCCACAAAGUCCUUCACUAUCAAUUGGCAAUGCAUUAAUCGUAAUUGGUUGCAUCAUUAUGGUGUUUGGUUUCAUUGGAUGCAUGGGUGCCAUUAAAGAGAAUAAAUGCCUGCUUCUUACAUUCUUCAUUUUGCUCCUCAUAAUCCUCAUAAUUGAAGUUGUGAUGGCAGUAGUACUUUACAUUUAUGAAAAACAGCUAGAUAACCAAGCAAUGCAAUUGCUAACAAGCAGUUUUGAACAACAAAAGAGAGAUCCACUCAACAAUUCAACAAGUCAUAUUUGGCAUGAUAUGCAGAUAGGGCUUCAAUGUUGUGGAGUCAAUGGAACUAAAGACUGGAAGGCCUCAAUUCCCUCAUCUUGUUGUCCAAAUAAUGCAUGCAGCCAAAGUAACUAUUUCAACAAAGGCUGCUCUGAUGCACUAAGACAGUGGUUUGAAAACAAUUUUCUCUAUGUUGGUGUGGUUACUAUUUGCAUUUCUGUUGUUGAGGUGCUUGGGAUGUCAUUUGCAUUGACAUUGUACUGCCACAUUUCCAAAAAUAGUGUCUCACUGCCAAGUAGUAUCAAAAUGAACAAACAGCACCACAAAGCAAAAAACUAAAAGAUCAUUGUUAAAAACUAUAAGUUGAGGGAAGUUGCACAGGGAUUUCUUAAGGCCCGAUGGAGGUCAUUUUAGAAUGAUACCAGCAACAUUUCACUGUUUGUAAGCCUCCACAUGAGCUUGGUGAACAUACUGUUGUAGAUUCAUUGUGACAAUCUCGUUUUCAGUGUUUAAUUGGA